AGGAAGGAAGGAAAGAAAGAAGGAAGGAAGGAAGGGAGAAAGGAAAGAUGGAAGGAAGGAAAGAAAGAAGGAAGGAAGGGAGGAAGGAAAGAUGGAAGGAAGGAAAGAAAGAAGGAAGGAAGGAAGGGAGGAAGGAAAGAUGGUAGGAAGGAAAGAAAGAAGGAAGGGAGGAAGGAAAGAUGGAAGGAAGGAAAGAAAGAAGGAAGGAAAGAUGGAAGGAAGGAAAGAAAAAAGGAAGGAAGGAAGGGAAGAAGGAAAGGGGAGGCAUAGACCUGGGGGCAGGAGCUCAGUUACAAGUCUGUGUGCUGGAAUCAUUACUUUGCUCAGAAGGUUGGAGAUGAAGGACGUACUUGGGAACAAUAGAGGCAGGAGAUAUGAUCGGUGAGAAGGAGGAGGGUUUAAAGGGGGUCUUCAGAGGUGGUGGAUCAUAGCUAGAAGAGAGCCUUGCCCAGAAGUCAAGACAGUAGAAGAUUUCAGGGAAGACAGAAAAAAAAAAAAAAAGUCACUGGUAUAGAUACCGAGAUUAAGAAAUACAUUGGAUUUAGCCGAUAGGAGGAUAUUGGUGAUCCAAAUCCCAGUUUGGGAGACCAGGAACACAUUUCUCUGUCCUGCGCUGGUGGCUCUGUCACAGAGCAAAGUAGCUGUGCUGCAGUGACGUGGGGUGAGGGUGGGGCCAUAGGUCUCUGUCAGGAAAGUAGUGACCACUGGGUUGAAACAGUGAAACUGCAGAGCUGUAGUCCUGAGUGGAAAGGGUUUGAAGGGUGGGUGUGUGUUGGGUGUGUGUGGGAGAGGGUGUGAAGAGUACUAUUCCAAUGAGAGAGACCCAAGGAGAAGUGUCCUUAGGGUAAACAGCUGUGGGAGAUGGAUGGCCAGUGGCUAUGAACAUGGGUUAUCAAUAAGCUGAUUAUUACCGGUCGCUGUGUUAUUAUUACCCAAAGGGCCCCAUUUUUGGAAAGCGUGAGGGUGACAUCUAAACUCCUUAGUGGGACGUGCAAAGCUUAUCACAGCCCACAUGGGACGAUUGCCAGCAGCUUUUGCAGGUCCUGUUCACGACUGAGGAAAGAGAAAGAAUCCUCAAUGAGGCCUGAAAACUGGUUCUGGGCACAGAUGGGAAUUCCACCACAAACCAGGCUCAGAUAGAUGCCUCCUUCCCCUUAACUCAGCCCCAGUGGGAUUUCAACAUGGCAGAAGGUAAGGAGAGGCUCCGGGUCUACUGCCAGACUCUAAUGGGGGGUCUCCGAAUGGCUGCUAGAAAGCCAACCAAUUUGGCCAAGGUAGGAAAUGUACAACAGGGAAAAGAUGAAUCUCCGGCCACCUUUUUAGAACGGAUCAUGGAGGCAUUCUGUACCUAUACCCCCAUGGAUCCAGAGGCUCCAGAAAGCAAAGCAGCUGUUAUCGUGGCCUUUGUAAACCAAGCGGCCAUAGACAUUAGGAAAAAAUUACAGAAAAUAGAUAGGCUAGGAGAAAAAAGUCUGCAGGACUUACUAGUGGUAGCUGAAAAGAUAUAUAAUAACUGGGAGCCUCCUGAGGAUAAGCAGGCUCGUGCCAUGGCGGCUGCCAGCAGUAAGCAGACUCGAGACCUGGCCAGAAUACUACUAACUACCACUGCUGACUCCCCCGAGGAACGAGACCGCCGUUUCGGGCAGCUGGCAGGUGACUCAAGAGGAGGUAAAGGAACCACCAAGGAGGGGAAGCAGAGGCUGCAGAAAGAUCAGUGCACAUACUGCAAGGAGAUAGGGCACUGGGCCCAAGAGUGUCUGAAAAAGGCCGGCGGGAAGGGAAGCAAGACUGAUCGAGUAAAAGUCUUAGAGCUAGAUGAACUGAGUGAUUGGGGGAGUCAGGGUUCGGACCCUUUCCCCGAGCCCAGGGUAACUCUUAAAGUGGAGGGGACCCCUGUUGACUUCCUUGUCGACACCGGAGCACAACAUUUGGUCCUCCGCACCCCACGAGGAAGACUAGCCAGCAAGAAGUCCUGGGUACAAGGGGCAACUGGUAUGAGCCAGUAUUCAUGGACUACCCGAAGAACGGUAGAUUUGGGGCCGGGCCGGGUAUCCCACUCCUUUAUGGUAAUACCGGAAUGCCCCUACCUGCUAUUAGGACAGGACUUACUGACCAAGAUUGGAGCUCAGAUAACUUUCAGACAAGGGGGGCCUCAGGUCACCGAUGGCAAGGGCCACCCCAUCCAGGUCCUGACCGUGAAACUAGAGGAUGAAUACCACCUCCACCAGGAGGCCCUCCUGAGAGAGGAUAAUAUAGACAGAUGGCUACAAGAAUUCCCCUCGGUUUGGGCAGAGACCGGGGGGAUAGGGCUAGCCACUCACAGGACCCCAGUCCUGGUAGAGCUCAAGCCAGGAGAAGGUCCGGUAAAGAUCAAACAAUACCCCAUGUCUCAGGAGGCCCGGAAGGGGAUCCAGCCACACAUCCGGAGACUACGAAGCCUAGGGGUACUAGUUCCUUGCCAGUCUGCCUGGAACACCCCCUUACUGCCGGUCAAAAAGCCUCACACAAAUGACUACCGACAGGUACAAGACCUCCGGGAAGUAAAUAAGAGGGUCGUGGAUAUACACCCAACUGUUCCCAACCCAUAUACUCUCUUGAGCUCCUUGGUGUCCUCCAGGGUCUGGUAUACUGUACUAGAUUUAGAGGACACCUUCUUCAGUCUGCCACUGGCACCCCAGAGCCAACCCUUGUUCGCCUUCGAGUGGCAUGAUCUGGAGGAGGGCUACAGCGGCCAACUCACCUGGACACGACUGCUUCAGGGGUUCAAAAAUUUGCCCACCAUCUUCGACGAGGCACUACACGAGGACCUGGGUGAGUACAGAAGGGAGCACCCUGGCCUCACCUUCCUACAGUAUGUAGAUGACAUCCUGAUUGCUGCCGACAUGGCCAAGGACUGCAAGCAAGGGACCCAGGACCUGCUGGCUACCCUGGGGGCCUUGGGGUACCGGGCAUCCACGAAGAAGGCUCAGAUAUGCAGGGAGAGGGUAAGUUACCUGGGAUACAGCCUGGAGGGCGGACAGUGGCGGUUAUCAGAUGCCAGAAAAGAAACUGUCCUAAAGAUCCCUACUCCCACCACCUGAAGGGAAGUA